AUGAGCGAAGUUGUCUGUAAAGAAGAGUCAGCAUCCGAAGAAGACACAGAAGAAUUUCUUAUCAAAAAUGAAUCUUCUCAAAUGAUGUGCAUGGAAAAUGAUAGUAAUUACCAAGAAAACGUCGAGUUUCACGUCAACAACUCGAAUCCCGAAAGUGUUACGAUCAUCGAAACACCUUACAACGAGUUCGAUGAUAAGAAUAAGGCCUCUGGAAAAGGCUUUGCAUUGGGAAGCAUUUCGGAGAAGAUUGUGCCUUGGCUUCAAAGUCGCUACGACAUUAAAGAAGGUGGCAAGACGGCGAUCCAAGAAAUCAUCACUUUAUACAAUCACGAUUUUCCACGCGACUGCGUUUACUUUCCUCUCGAGUCUUUUCAAGUUGGCCAGCUAGUUCGACAAGCCUUUCCUGAAAUCAGCCUCUGCAAGGUGACAUGCAAAGAGUCCAAGAAACGGUAUCGUUGCUACAAAGGACUGACGCGAAAAGAACCAGAAAACGGUCCUCCCCCGAUUUUCCCCUACGAGCCACCAAAAGUUCAAAAACGAAAGUCAAAGACGGUUCCUCAAAAUCCCCCGAAAGUUAUUUUCAUGCAAGUGGCUGGACUGACUGGCAGUCAAAUCGCCUCUUGUAAAAUUAAACUUCCAAAUCCUUCCCGUCCAUCAAGUUCAUCAACAAUUACGCCUUUACAACACCUUCGAGAACCUCUUCGAGUCCAGUCACCGAAGCAAGAUGCAGCCAUUACUCUCAGUUCUGCGUCAUCUUCCCCGAGUUCUUCAUUACACUCGCCUCGGGCACCUUCGAAUCUCACAAAGAGGGAGAUGCCAAAUCCAUAUUUCGUGCCUUUUAGCAAGCCACAUAAUGAACCACAAACUGAAGCUCAAGAACCAUUAGCAAAGAAAACCUGCAAGCUCGAGCUUGUCCGACUUUCAUCCGAAAAAUCAGCUGAGAGUAUCUCCUCGCAUCAGCAAGAGAUGCUCUCCGAAUUACCAACAAUGGUUGCUUCCCAGCCAACGUCUUCCGCUUCGAAGAGAAAGCUUGAAAUAGGAAAACUCCACGUGACGCAAUCGUUGGAUUAUAUUGAAAGACAGGCAUAUGCUCAAGAAGACUUUCAGGAAAUUGAAGACUUCAUCCUUGAAAGACUAGAUCAAAUACGCUCCAAACAGUUCGGAUUAUAA